CCCAGGCGGGUCCCGGUUCCCUGUGGGUCAGUACUGAGGCCCCGGUGCGGCCCGCCCCGGUGCGGCCUUGCCCGCCGGAGCCUCUCCCGGGCGUUAACCGGCCCGCAGGCCUCCGGGGGUCCGGGCCCGGCUUGUGACCGCCGCGUUUCUCCCCCUGCCAGGCGCAGCCCCCGGCACCAUGUGGUCCGUGCUGUGGGCGGCCGUGCGCUCCAAGGCCCCGUACGUCACCUUCCCGGUGGCCUUCGUGGUGGGGCUGGUGGGCUAUCACCUGGAGUGGUUCCUCCGUGGGGACCCCCCGCCCGCGGCCGAGGAGGAGAAGAGCAUCUCGGAGCAGCGGGAGGACCGCAAGCUGCAAGAGAUCGCGGGCAAGGACCUGACCAAGGUGGUGAGCCUGAAGGAGAAGCUCGAGUUCGCCCCUCGGGCCGUGCUGAACAGGAACCGCCCGGAAAAAAGUUAAUAAAGUUGUUUGGGCAAACGCAGCGCCCUGGAGCGACUGUCCCUGGGGCUGGGGCCGGCUGCCGGAGGGCUGUGGCCUGCAGCACCAUGCUGGGGACUCCCCUGUUGCCUGCACAUCUUCCAGCAGCGUUCUUCCUGCACUGGGCCAUAUCUGGGCAAUACGCUGUGCUCACUGCUGCUCUUCACUUCCCCGGGGCCCUCCGGAGGGUCAGGGUUUGCCCACCCCAUGGAUGCGCUCGAGACACAGCACCCAAACCUCUUCCUCUGUGGCAAAGCAGGCAGGGAACCAUGCUUUGGAGGUGGAAUGUGUCUGAAACUCGUCAGCUCGGCCUGCCCUGGCCCCUGAACCACAAAACCCUCUCAGCCUGGUUCCACCCAUGUCUCUUCAGGUUUGGUUUCUUCCAUGGCGUGAAGAUAGAAGAAACUUGGACCUGAGUGAUGUGGGGUUGGGGUCAGGCUAACCGCCUGGAGCGGGAGGACCUGCUGUCCUGCUUACAGCUCUCCCGUGGCUCUUUGUGAACCCUGACCACAGCACCACGCUACCGUGUUAUGCCCACAGGAGCCUGAGCAGCAGUGGAGAUCUCUGGGGAAGCCCUCUCUGCAUCACCCCCAGGCUUUGCAGCGAGGAAGAGGGACAGGGGGAGGUGGAAGUCCUGGCCUUGCUUCCGUCGUGGAGCUCAGAGCGUGGUGGUGGCUCUGGGCUGGCAUGUAGAGAGCGGGGAGAUCUCUGCCUUGUACGGGAACAGCCAGAAUAAACUUCUGUCAGUCCUUGGCCCUCUUGUGUCGUCUGCAUCAGCACCUGGCCCCAACCCUGGCUCAGUGUGUUUCUGCUCCCCAUGUUUUCAAGAAGCAACCCCUUCUACAAUGGGAGAAAUGCCAUCGUUGUCCCUGGCUGGGCACUGACCUCGGGGCCUGGCAACAGGGUGGCGGGCAGGAAGGAGGGGGAGGCACCGAAAUCCCAGCCUGUGCUGUGCUUGUGCCUCCCUCCUGGCUCCCCCAGCCACGUCAUUUGCUUCCCUUCGACCUCCUUAUCUAGACAAGAAGGGCUGUGGCAGCACCGGGUGGGGUCCCAGCGGACAGGGAGGGUCCCACUGGGCUGCUGAGCAGGGCAGCCCAUGGCAGGAGAGACUGGCAGCGAGCACUGGGGACUGGUGGCCUGUGUCCCAUCCAGCCUCAGGCAUCACUGGCACAGCAGGACCAAACCCUGGUGAGAACUGCCUGAGCGGGGCCAGCCGGUAACCGUGCCGCCGCUCGCUGCCGGCAGUGUGCCAGGGCCGUAGCCGGGGUUAUCGCUGCCUCCCGGCUUGUUUUUUCCCCUGGUGCCUGAGCGAGGCCUCGCUGCUGCCCCGGCCCGGCCUUCCCCUCCCGGGGACGAUAAAUCUGUCGUGUCUGGUGCGAAGCCCUGAGGUCAGCAGCCAAUUCAGCGUUUCACAUCGCUCUGUCCUGCUUCCUCGGGGCCAGCUUCUGCCCCACUGACAGCUUUACUGCCGUCGCUGCCUGGCUGUGUUUACCUCCCAACCUUCUGUCCUCAGGCUGGAUCGCUGCCCUCCGGCCAGGCUGAUGGCCCGGCACUGCCGGGAACUCACAGGCCUUUGCCGUUGUGAUGUGUGAGGGCAGCUGAGGCUGGGUUAGAAGGUGCAGGAGGAGUCUUGGGGCAAUGCAAAGGCUGUCGAAGCCCUGCCCCACUGCUGCCUCCCACACUGGGGCUCACAGCACCUUUCAUGUCAUCACCCUGGUCCCCCUGACAGGCUGGCACUGUCCCCUGAGCUAGCCCUUGGCCUCUUGCUUUCCCAGCCUGGCUGUGGGGUGAUGCUGGGCGCCGACUGGUCCCUAUUGUGCACCAGGGUGGGAACGGUCCCGUCCCUUCCCCCAGACGGGACCGCCAGACCCAGCUCGGAAACGUCUUCUGAAAUGCCUUUGUUCACCCCGCGACAGAGUGGCUCCCCCGGCUGUUUAUAGCCCAUUGA